AUGCCUCAGGAUGAAAGAGCAUCCUCCCAUGUGCGCCAACUGCUCCAGUCCCUUACGCUGGAGGAGAAAGUGGCCCUCCUGGCGGGCAAGAACAUGUGGGAAACCAUCAACAUCGACCGCCUACACAUCCCCAGCCUGAAGAUGACGGACGGACCAGCCGGUGCCCGGGGCUCCAAGUGGACCUACGGCUCCUUGACCACCUGGAUACCGUGCGGAAUCUCCCUGGCUGCUACCUUUGAUCCGGCGAUGGUAGAGCAAGUUGGAAGGGUGUUGGGCCAGGAGGCACGCCGAAAGGGCUGCCAGGUCCUGUUGGCACCCACCAUGAACCUAUCGCGCUCGCCCCUAGGUGGUCGAAAUUUCGAGAGUUACGGCGAAGAUCUCUAUUUGGUCGUAGUGACCGCCACGGCGAUGAUCCGAGGUAUUCAGGCACAGGGAACCAUUGAUGAACGCAUCUUACGCGAGGUCCACAUGAAGCCGUUCGCGAUGGUUCUCGACGACCCGGCUAGCACGCCUUGGACGGCCAUGGUUAGCUAUCCCAAGAUUAACGGCCUGCACGCCGACAUCAGCCCACAUAUUCUUCCUCGUCUACUCCGGCAAGAGCUGCAAUUUGAUCGUCUGGUCAUGAGCGACUGGGGAGGGCUGAAUAGUACAGCCGACAGCCUGCGCGCCACAACUGAUCUCGAAAUGCCGGGUCCAGCCGUCCGCCGCGGAGAACGCUUGCUGGCUGCCAUUCGAUCUGGGGAGGUCGAGGUGGCCGCGCAUGUCGACCCGAGUGUCCGCCGCUUCUUGCAGCUCCUGGAGCGCACGGCCUGUUGGGAGACGCUACAGAGGCCACCGAACACUCCGAAGCUGCUACGGAUGAUCCCAUCUUUCACCGAAUCGCGCGCGAUGCAGCCCAAACGAGUCGCCAUCAUUGGGCCCAACGCCCGUCAACCCACCGCGGGCGGUGCCGGCAGCGCCGCUGUCAACCCAUUCUACGUCUCGACUCCGGAAGCCUGCCUGCGCGAUGCCCUUCAUGCGGCCAACGCAGAACUGCAGGUCUCCUACGAGCCGGGGAUCACGAGCAGCCUGCGCCCGCCUUUACUGGGAAAGCUCUUGACUGUCCCCGACGGGUCCCGGAACGGCUGGCAAGUUAGCUUCUUUGAAGGUCAUGCGCUGGAGGGUCCGGUGGUAGCGUCCAGUAUGUGGGACGACUCGCUCCUCUAUCUAUUUAGUGAUGGUGAUGUCCCGGCCGUGUUGGACGACCGGCCAUACUCCUACCGUGCCACCGGGGUGGUCACUCCGCAAGAGUCAGGUCGCUAUACCUGGAGUCUGGCAAAUACUGGGAAAGCCAAGCUCUUUGUUGAUGACGAGUUGUUAAUCGACAACACGGAGUGGACUGGUCUGACGGGCGGAUUUCUGGGCUGCUCUAGCGCAGAUAAGACAGCCAGCGUCUAUCUGGAAGCGGGCCGCGCCUACCAGCUGCGGGUGGACAACGUGGUCACGCUGCCAGUGAUAGAGGCAUUUGACAACACGCUAUUCCCGCGGAUCUCCGGGAUGCGAGUUGGCCUGGCCUUGGAGCAGGACGAGCAGGAAAUGCUGGCGCAGGCCGUGGCGGCCGCCCGGCGGGCCGAUGUGGCGGUGGUGGUGGUGGGCCACAACAAGGAUUCGGAGGGCGAAGGAGGCGACCGCACAACGAUGCAGCUUCCCGGUCGCACGGACGAGAUGGUCGGCGCUGUCUGUGCCGCUAAUCCCAACACCGUCGUGAUUGUGUAG